AUGAUAACUCCUCAAGAAUAACUUGAUAUAAUUAUUAAAAAGAUAACAAAAUCCUUAUUAGGAAAAUCUUAAACAACCAUUAGAACUUUAGGAAAAACAUUCAGAGGUUUUGAGUCAUUUGAUUAAAAUAAUAAAAUUGAUAAAGAUGAAUUCCUAAUUGGUUUAAAGCAAAAUGGAGUAGUCUUAACAAAAUUUUAAACUGACUUUUUGUUAAAUUAUCUUGAUAGGAACAGAGAUGGGUCAAUAGAUAUUGCUGAAUUUUUUUAUUUAAUAAGAGGAUCUCCAAAUGAAAACAGACUACAAGUAAUAGUCUAGGCAUUCAAAAAAUUCGAUAAAGAUAACUUGGGUUAUAUUGUGGCAGAUGAUUUCAAGGGAAUAUUCAAUGCAAAAAAUCAUCCUAAAGUUACAAGAGGAGAACUGACUGAAGAUUAAGCUUUUAUUGAGUUAUUAUAGUAUUUUAAGGAGGGAAAUAAGUCUGGUCAUAUAACUUUAAAUGAAUGGAAAGAAUAUUAUGCUGCAGUUAGUGCUGAUAUUGAAUUAGAUGAUAAUUUUAUAGCAUUAAUCAAAGAAACAUGGAGACUAAAAUGA